AUGUCAGGACAACAAGAAAUCAAGUUUUUAGGUGUCACACCUCCUAUAUCGACUGAUUCACCUAAAGAAGGAGACGUGAGGUCCAGUGAGGCUCUUAUGUCAGAUUUGGUGUCGCUGAAUCAGUUUGAGUCAGAGCAAGAACGUAAAGUGAGAGAACGACUAUUAUCAAACAUUGCGCAAUUGGUAACCAAAUUCGUACAUGAUGUAUCUAUAAAAUGUGGAAUGUCAGAAAAAGUAGCUUCAGAAGCUGGUGGAAGGAUAUAUACUUCAGGUUCAUAUAGACUUGGUGUACAUGGACCUGGAUCAGAUAUAGAUACAAUAUGCGUUUGUCCAAGACAUAUAUAUAAAGAGCAUUUCUUCGGAGAAUUUCAAGAUAUGUUAAGAGCUUGGCCUGCUGUAACUGAAAUAUCUGCUGUACCGUCAGCGUUUGUGCCUGUGAUGAAGACAGUUAUAUCAGGUGUAGAAGUCGAUUUGCUGUUCGCAAGAGUCAAUUUGGCAGAAGCUGGAGAUAAAUUGGAUAUAGAAAAAGACGAAAUUCUGAGAGGUGUAGAUGAUGCUUCUCAACGAAGUUUGAACGGACCUCGAGUUACAGACAUGAUCUUGAAUCUCGUUCCCGAUGUAGCUACUUUCCGCACGGCAUUGCGGACAAUCAGAAUGUGGGCCAAACGACGAGGAAUCUACUCCAACGUUCUUGGUUUCCCCGGUGGUGUAGCAUGGGCUCUCUUAACUGCUAGAAUAUGCCAACUAUACCCCACUGCAGCACCGGCGACUAUUGUUGGAAAAUUCUUUCCUAUCUACUAUCAAUGGGGCUGGCCACAACCUGUCAUUCUGAAGAAGAUAGAAACUGGUCCACCCAAUAUGCAGCAUUCGGUAUGGAACCCGAAGCUUGAUAAGAGAGAUAUGCUUCAUAGAAUGCCGGUGAUUACUCCUGCUUAUCCUUCGAUGUGCUCGACACAUAACAUUACAGCAAGUACAAUGAGUAUAAUCAAGAAGGAAAUGUUGAGGGCCAUGCAAAUAACCGAUGAGAUACUCAAGAAUCCGGGAACUUCAUGGAUGGGAUUGUUUGAGAAGGCAGACUUCUUUAGUAUGUACAAGACGUAUGUUCACGUGGUUGCGUCAGCAUCUACACCGGAUGGAAUCAAAGAUUGGAGUGGAAUGGUAGAAUCAAGAAUAAGAACACUAGUACAAGAUUUAGAAAAUACAGAUAAUAUCCUAACCGCCCAUCCUCAAGUCGGAGGCAUAUCAACAUUGUAUUAUUGCUUAACAGAGGAAGAACAAGCUGCGGCAUCUCAAGGAGAAGUCACCCCAGAAUUAUUAAGCAGAAAGGAGUCAGACAUAGAAGGAAAGGAAGGCGCUAGGAAGAUUUGGACAAAGAAUUUCUUUAUUGGUCUGGAGAUCGAAAAGAGACCUAAAGAUGGACAAGGAUCAAGAGUACUCAAUCUCUUCUACCCCUCGAAACGAUUUUGUUCGGCUUGUCAAAAUUGGGACAAAUAUAACGAGAUGGAAAUGAGUGUGAUUCUCAGGCCUGCUAAGAGAUCGGACCUUCCACCGUAUUGUUUUCCUGACGGAAAUCCAAAGGCAAAGAAGAAGACCAAGCGAACACAACAGAAUGGCUCCACCGACAUCGGUAUGGGCGAUGCGACUGAGGAAUCUGGUCAAGGACCUCCAAAGCGCACCAAAGCCACACCCUCAGACCAACCAUCUCAACUCCCCUUGUUAACACCGUCGGAAAUCCCCAACUUGGUUCCAUCAAGUUUACCCAAUGGUGUACCAAUACACAACGCAGCAGACCCCGUCCCACUGCCUAUAUCAUCUACUAGCAAAGUGCAAGAUAUCGAUAUUCAACCGCCACCUGGAAUAGAAGGUUUGCCACCAUUAUCUUCUACCGCAUUGAGCGGUUUCGCUACCGCCGCGAAUGGGGUGACGGACCAUUCUGGUAAAAACACGGAAGGUUUAGUGGUUUUAAAUGGUGCUCAGGCUGCUAUAUAG